AUGAUGGCAUUGCAACGUUUAUUUAAUAAUCUAGCUACAAGCAAAUUAAAUACUCCAAAACUAUUGUCAAAUUUUGUACCUAGAUGUUCAUAUGGUUUAAAUAAUGUAGGGAGUGAUGACCCAGAUGUUGAAAUUAUUGAAAAGAAAAUUGUAGAAGAAAAAACUAGUUUAGCUAUGCGAGCAUAUCUUCAAAGAGCUACACAAUAUAAUAGCUUUAUGGAACAGCAAACACAUGAAUACAAUGUUGGAAAACGUCAUUUAGCUAACAUGAUGGGUGUUGAUCCAGAAACGUUUACUCAAUCAGAUAUUGACGUAGCUAUUGACUAUUUGUUUCCUUCUGGUUUAUAUGAUCCAAAAGCAAGACCUUUAAUGAAACCUCCAAGUGAAGUAUUUCCAUCAAAAAAAGAUGCAGAGUUUGAUGAGUCUGGACGUCCAUUUCAUGUUUUUUUUUAUACUGGGAAACCAAAUUUUUAUCUGAUUUUACAUAAUAUCGCUACUAAAUUGUCAGAAUUAAAUAAAUUUGAAGAUAGUUUGAGAAAAAACAAUAUACUUCCAGAUCCUGAUAAAAAACUAACAUCAUUGGGAAGUCAAUGGUUAUCUAAAGAAGAUUUGGAAAAAUUAACCGUUGAAAAACUAUCUGAUCACGAAUACAAAAAUUUUGUAGUUGCAAUUGAGCGUUUGUUAAAACAUCCAUGUUCAUACAAGUAUGGGGAAUUCAUAUCUGAUUAUCAAAAACCAAUGAUAUCUACUAAGGCUAUUAUUGAAUCAGCACCUGUUGAAUACACAAAAGAUGGAAGAGCCUUUAUUACUGUUAAAGAUUGCCCCAGGAAAGAUGCUAGAGCUGAUGUUACAGUUUAUUAUCCAGGAACAGGCAAGCUAUCAAUAAAUGGAAAAGGAAUUGAAUUCUUUGAUGAUAUUCAAGCCAGAGAACAGGUAAAUAAAAUACUAUAA